AUGCCGAUCAACCAGCCCUCAAACCAGAUCAAAUUCACAAACGUGUCAGUGGUGCGACUCAAAAAAGGCAAAAAGCGCUUUGAACUCGCCUGUUACAAAAACAAACUACUUGAAUACCGCUCCGGUGCUGAGAAAGAUCUCGACAAUGUCCUUCAAGUCCCGACAAUUUUCCUCUCCGUCUCAAAAGCCCAAACCGCUCCCACCGCAGAACUCGCCAAGUCAUUUGGCGCCGACACACCACGUGAAGAGAUCCUCCAAGAAAUCCUUCGCAAGGGUGAAGUGCAAGUCGGCGAGCGCGAGCGCAAGGACAUCCUGGAACGAGUUGAGAAAGAAGUAUUAGACAUCGUGUCCGGGCGUCUAGUAGACCCAACAACCAAGCGAGUCUACACACCAGGAAUGAUCUCGAAGGCGUUGGACCAACUCAGCUCCGCAAGCGGCCAGCAGCAGGGUGGCGAUGGCGCUACGGGCGAGGAGCACCCUAAAAAGCCUGUUUGGACGGGCGUGGCUUCUAAUCGCUCGGCGAAGAGCCAGGCGCUUGACGCUAUGAAGGCUCUUAUCGCAUGGCAGCCCAUUCCUGUGAUGCGUGCACGCAUGCGUCUGCGUGUCACUUGUCCCGUUUCUAUCUUGAAACAGGCCGUUAAGGCUGCUCCCGCUCCGGCAGCAAGCAAAGAAAAAGACGCGCCCUCUAGUAAUGCUUCCAAGUCAAAAAAGAAGGGAGGAAAGGGAUCGAAGAAAUCAAAAGGAGACGACUCUGACGCUGAUCCUGUUGGGUCUGAUACCGAGAACUCAGGUACCCCCAAGGCAGCAGGUACUGUCAAAGAUAAGAUCCUGGGCUACAUUGAAUCAGUGGAGUCACAAGAAGUGGUUAGUGAUGAGUGGGAGGUGGUCGGCUUUGCGGAGCCGGGAGCUUUCAAGGGCUUGAACGAGUUCGUGGGCAAUGAGACUCGAGGACGUGGGCGAGUAGAGGUGCUCGACAUGUCAGUAACCCACGAAGACUAA